AUGAUCGAAUUUAUAAAAAGCCCAGAAAACUUGAAAAUUUUUAACAUAGAUCAGGAAAAUAACAAUGAAAAUAGGCAUUUUAGAGAGAAUUUAUUGGGUAGUUCAGUGAUUCGUCCUUUUCCCCGCUCAAAAAUAGUUACACCAGGAGAAUUUAUUACGGAUGAUCCUCAAUUUAUGAGAGGGCAUGGAACAUAUACAGAUGAUAAGAAUAUAGUAUAUGGAUCAGUUGCAGGGACAGUUCAGCGUGUAAAUAAGCUUAUUUCAGUAAAACCAUUGAGAUCAAGAUAUCUUCCAGAGAUAGGGGACUUAGUAGUUGGAAAGAUUGUUAAAGUUGGUCAUAAACGUUGGAAAGUUGAUAUUGGAUCAAAACAAGAUGCAGACCUUAUGUUAUCAUCUAUAAAUCUCCCAGGGGGGAUUUUGAGAAGAAAGUCAGAAACAGAUGAACUACAGAUGCGGACGUUUUUUUCUGAAGGGGAUUUAUUAGUUGCAGAAGUGCAGACAUUUUAUUCAGACGGUGGAGUAUCAUUACAUACAAGAUCUCUUAAAUACGGUAAACUUCGUAAUGGUUUAUUUAUACAAGUGCCGUCCAAUUUAAUUAUGAGGUCAAAUGUUCAUAUAUAUAAUUUACCAAAUGGAACAGAUGUAAUUUUAGGGACGAAUGGAUAUAUAUGGGUGAGUAAGCAUGUAGAAAUUUCUUUAGGAAAGGAAGGAGUUAGUAUUACACGAUUAGAAGAAGAAGCAUCUGAAACAAUUUAUUCAAAUAUUAAUGAUGAUAUUGAACCAUAUAUUUUACAUGAAAUAGCUCGUGUGUGUAAUAUUAUUAAGGUACUAGCUGCUCGUAAAAUUAUAAUUAAUGAAAAAAUGAUUCUUCUUGGUUAUGAAGCAUCUAUGAUAUAUGAAGAUGCUGCAGCAUUGUUAUCACCUUCUGUUCAAGAUAAAAUUUACUCAGAAAUAAUAUCUAAAAAGUAG